AUGCUGUGGGCGAGCCCCCCGGGUUCGGCCAUGGCCGACCUCAAGGCGUGCAGGACCGUGAGGGAGCUGCGGCAGCUCCACGCGGCGGCCAUUAAGACGGGACACAUCCGAGACCCCCUCGUGGCGGCGGAGGUUCUGCGGACCGCCGCCCUGUCGGAGGACCGAGAUCUCCGGUACGCGGGGCUCGUCUUCUCCCAGAUGGAGGCCCCCAACAUCUUCUCCUGGAACACCAUGAUUCGGGCUUUCUCCGAGAGCAGCUGCGACCUGGCCUCUGGGGGCAUUCUCCUCUACUGCCGGAUGUUGCAGGGGGACCCCUCCGCCAUCCCCAACAAAUAUACCUUUCCUUCGGUGCUCAAGGCCUGCGCCGCCGCCGCCGCCGGCGAGGAGGCGAGGCAGAUCCACGCGCAGGCGAUCAAGAUGGGCCUCGAUGCCGAUGGGUUCGUCGCCAGCAACCUCGUCCGCGCGUACGCGACGUGCCGGAGCAUGGACGACGCCCGCCGACUGUUCCGCCGGAGCCGCCUGCCGGAGAGGAGCGAGUCCGCCGUCGUCCUGCAGAACGUCAUAAUUGAUGGCUACAUGUGCCUCGGCAUGGUCGAGCACGCCAGAAAAGCGUUCGAUGAAAUGCCUGUGAGAAGUGUGGUGUCUUGGAACGCCGUUGUGGCCGGCUACGCGCAGAACGGGCUCUUCAAGCACGCCGUCGACGUGUUCCGCAGCAUGCAGGCGGAGGGCGUGGGGCCGAAUCACGUCACCCUGGUGAGCGUCCUCCCCGCGAUCUCCCACCUCGGAGCGCUCGAUCUGGGCAAGUGGGUUCACGCGUACGCUACGAGGAACGACAUCGAAGUGGACGACGUGCUCGGCUCCGCUCUCGUGGACAUGUACGCCAAGUGCGGGAGCAUAGAGAGGGCUCUGCAGGUGUUCGAGGAAAUUCCGAGCAGGAGGAGGAGAAAUCCCAUCAUCUGGAGCGCAGUGAUCAGCGGCCUGGCCCUGCACGGCCGCGCCGACGACGCCGUCGAGCAGUUUGCUAGGAUGGAGCGGGAGGGAGUGAUCCCCACCGACGUCGCCUUCAUCGGUGUCCUCAAAGCCUGCAGCCACGGAGGGCUGGUUGAAGCAGGAAGGAGAUUCUUCCGCCGCAUGGUGGAUGUGUACGGGCUGAAGCCACGGCUGGAGCACUACGGCUGCAUGGUGGACAUGCUCGGCCGCGCAGGCCUGCUGGAAGAGGCCGAACAGCUCCUGCUGGGCAUGCCCAUGGCUCCUGACGACGUCAUCCUCAAGUCUCUCCUCAGCGCCUGCAAGAUGCACGGCGCCGUCGAGAUGGGUAGCCGGGUGGCGGACCGCCUCAUGGAGCUCGCCCCACGCGACGGCGGCUGCUUCGUGCUGCUCUCCAAUCUCUACGCCUCGCUGGGAAACUGGGAGGCCGUCGCCAAGGUGAGGCUGAUGAUGAAAGAACUGGGCGUGACAAAGGAUCCGGGGAGAAGCUGGAUCACGCUCGACGGGGUCGUCCACGGGUUCGUCGUCGAGGACAGCUCCCACCGGAGGAGCGGGGAGAUCCACACCAUGCUGGAGGAGAUCUCCUUGAAGCUCCGGUCGGCGGGGCACACGCCGGACAUCAAGCAGGUGCUGCUGAACAUCGACGACGAAGAGAAAGAGAGCGCUCUCAAGUACCACAGCGAGAAGAUCGCGGUGGCCUUCGGCUUGAUCAGCACCGAGCCUGGCGCGGAACUGCGCGUGGUGAAGAACCUGCGGGUCUGCGCGGACUGCCAUGAAUCCAUGAAGCUCAUCUCGAAGAUAUAUAACCGGAGGAUAGUCGUGAGGGAUAGAAGCCGCUUCCACCAUUUUGAAGGCGGGGUCUGCUCCUGCAAGGACUACUGGUGA